AGCUCUUAGCCUACUAAUCACAGUGUGUCAUGCAUAGUUACUAGGCUAUUCUGUAUUUGGGGUCAUGUGACAAUUGUCUAACAAUGCAGCCUUAUUAAUGUCUGCAGUAAAAUAUAAAAAAAUAUUGUUAUUGUUGUUGUUAUAUAGUUCUUAUUGUUGCUUAUAGUUCAUAUAGUUCAAAUUAAAUAGUGAGUAGCCUAGCACUAUUAUUUCAGUGUCAUAACUAAACUAGUUAUAUCAGGUUCCUCAAAAGCCAACUCAGCUGGCGUAUUUUGAAGUUUCACCUCCUGCAUAAGCAUUACUCAAGGAAAAAUGAAGACUUUGUUUGCGCUUUGACUCAAGCAGCUUGAAAUGCGAUCAGACUACAUCACUUUUACUUAGUCGAGCUCUACUGGCUCUACUUUCACUUCUGUAGUAUGCGUCUUCAUAGCGCAGGUUGGAAUGUCCCCACGGUGUGAAGGCCGAAGGCAUUGUCCUAAAUUGGCAUCCGUAUUUGUCGGUAUGAGGAACAGCUACCGUCUAUGGACGAGCAAAGUUUCUAUCGCUAGCGAGAUGCGGGUGGUGAUGAUCCCCGAAACAUACUGUAGGAUGAGGAAGUAAUUGUUUGUAGAGAGCAGUCUUUCAUACAAGGAUUUAUUGCACAUGUAUAAUGCAACCGAGCAUUUGUGCUCUUGGCUCUGUUCAUUUCGAAGGUGAAGUUGUGACCCAUUCAAGUCUACCUAGCUUCAAUGCGACAAUUCGCAGAAGAGGAGACCUCUCAUGGGCAUAAAUACACCGGGCGGUAUCAACUGAGCCCAGGUUGUGUUAUCUAUCGUUAAGAGAUAUGGCUGAGCUGCGGUGUAGAAAAGUUGUGGGUGAGAAAGAACAUCCAAACGGUGAAGUUGACUCGCAGCACACAAACGCAGAUUCUUGCCCCGAGGAUGAGUCGGGAAACGAACAAACGACCAGUCCAGACCCAGUGUCAGAUACAGUUCCAAAAUCGGUCUCAGUUCCAGAAUCAGAUACAGUUCCAGAAUCAGACACCAUUCUGGAAGAUAAUGUCGUCUCCUCCCCCGAUGGCACUGAGGAGGAGAAUGAGAAGCAGGAGAGGGAGACCACCUCCCCUACCAAGAGACCCAGCAGCAGAUCUGUCAUUCUUCAGCGGCUGGUGAAGGUAUUCUUUGGUUGCCUGGCAGCUGUGACCUGUGGUAUGAUGUACGCUGUGUACCUCUCCACCUACCAUGAGAGAAAAUUCUGGUUCUCCACCCGGCAGGAGGUGGAGCGAGAACUGACGUUCCAGGGUGGCAGUGCAAUGUACUAUUACUACUACAAACACAUGCUCUCAGCUCCCUCCUUUGAGAAAGGUGUAUAUGACCUGCUGCGGGACAACAGGACAGUGUCUGGUCAGACCAUCAACGCUGUAGAGCAGCUUUCCCUCUACCCAGAGCUCAUCACCAGCCUACUCUACAAACUCACUGGGAGUCAGGAUGUGAUUGAGCCAGUGUACUUCUACAUCGGGGUGGUGUUCGGGCUGCAGGCGGUGUACGUCACGGCCCUGUUCAUCUCCAGCUGGGUCAUGAGUGGCACCUGGGUGGCCGGCAUGCUGGCCGUGGCCUGGUACAUCAUCAACAGACCAGACACCACUAAGGUGGACUACGCCAUCCCUUUGAGAGAGAACUGGGCACUACCGUACUUCUCCUGCCAGGUGGCCGCACUCACCGGCUUCCUCAGCAACAACAUCAGCUCCGCCGCAGAGAUGUUCUGUUAUCUCCUGAUGAGUGUGACGACCUUCACGUUUCUGGCGGUGUGGGAACAGAGCCACUACGUGCUGUUUGUGCAGGGCCUUGCUCUCUUCCUGCUAGACUGCUUUGACCUUGUGCAGCCACGCAAGAUGGCAGACAUCCAUAAGGUGUACCUGAGCUCCCUGCUGCUGGCUUACCUGCUGCAGCACCAGAAGAGUGACCUCCUCAGCUGCCCACUGCUCAGCCUGCUCAUGGCAACCCUGCUGGCCAGGUACUUCCAGAAGAACAUGAAGAAGGGCCCCCUGGUGGCUCGUGUGCUCAAGAUCCUUCUCCACUUCUACCUGGUAUUCACCACAGCCAUCACCUUCAGCUACGUGGUGAAGAAAAUUCUUCAUGUUAAUGAGGAUGACUUCGCACUGAAGUUCCUGCAGGUGAAGUUUGGACUCAACUCAACGAUAGAUUUCAUCACCAAUCUGCUGCUGUGUCAGGAUGCUUUCCUGUCCCCCACCCAGGACCUCUUCCUGCGUCUGACUCAUGCCUCUGUGCUCCCCUUCUACCUGCUGGUGCUGCUGGUGUGCCUGCUCUCCACCCUCCACACCAUCUACAGGAGACUCAGUGGUGAGCCGAUGAAUCUGAAUCUGCGUCUUGAAGAUGGACGGAUCGGGGAGCAGCCUGAGGUCACCUAUCACGUCUUUCACACUUUGCUCUUCGGGGCACUCGCCAUGGUUUUCGAUGGGUUGAAGUACCUUUGGACACCUUAUGUGUGCAUGUUCGCAGCGUUCGGGGUGUGUUCCCCUGAGCUGUGGAUGACCAUCUUUAAGUGGCUUAGGCUCAAAUCUGUCCACCCUGUGGUGCUGGCUUUGAUUCUGAGCACAGCUGUUCCUACCAUCAUUGGCUUCAGUCUGUGGAGAGAGUAUUUUCCACGGGUCCUGUCAGAACUCUCUGAGCUGCAGGAAUUCUAUGACCCAGACACAGUGGAACUCAUGAACUGGAUCAAGUCUCAGGUCCCCACUGCUGCAGUGUUUGCGGGCAGCCCUCAGCUCUUGGGGAUGGUGAAGUGUUCUGGCUUAACUGUGACCAGUCUACCUCUCUACACAGACAUCAGCCUGCUGAGGAGGAGUGAGAGUACAUAUCAGGUGUACGCCAUGAGGUCCGCAGAAGACGUCUACAAGCUGCUGAUGGCUAACAAGAGCAGCUACGUCAUCAUCGAAGAGUCGCUGUGCAACGAGAUGAGCCCCAUCAAGGGCUGCCGCAUCAAGGACCUGCUGGACUACUCCAACGGCCAUGUUGUUUAUGACAAAGGUGAGAUGUAUGCCUUCUCCAAACAUGGGCGCUUUUGUCACGAGAUCAAAAUGAACUACUCUCCCUACACCAACUACUUCACGCGUGUCUUCUGGAACCGAUCGUACCACGUCUACAAGGUCAACUCCGUCAUCUCUUUUCAGUACUGACCACUGAUGUGUGCUUCAGUCUCGUCCAUCUCCCUCCCUCUCAUCUCUGCAAGUCCUCUGUCUCAACUAGUAACAUCGGAAACAAGAGGUGGACAGAUGCCCGUGUUGACUCUUUGAGGAGAGCGAGCACAGUCACAGGUCAAUGUUAUGCUUCUGAUCAGGUCAAAAGAGGAAGGAAUCUCUGUUUGUCACACGAGUAGAAUGACACACAGAGGAACUACAAUUGUUUAGUGGUGAAGUUGAAUGGUGUUAAGGAUGGAGGGGGGGAAAUUUGCAUUGAGUGGUAUUGUGGAAAUGCCCUUCUAUAAGUGUCUUGUGGGGUGUGUGAAAAAUGGUUGUGUGUGUCUGUGUCUGUGUGUGCGUGUCUGUGUGGAGGGAGGUUCUAUCGUCUCGAAAUCUGUUUAGUUUUUAUAGAGAUUUUUCUUCCCUCAUCUAUUCUUAUAUGUGUGUGUGUGUGUGUGUGUGUGUGUGUGUGUGUGUGUGUGUGUGUGUGUGUGUGUGUGUUUAUUUUUUUAUUAUUAUUAUUUCUGUUUCUGAUUUUUGUUGCUUUUUUUUGUUUUUUUGUAUGUGUGCAGAAUUGUACAUUAGUGGUAAGGGUCUCCAUCCAAGAGUUUACCACCCUUAGUAGUGUGCCCGAUUUCCCUGGGUGCUGUUACCCGUGAUCCUCCAAUGAUUUGUGAGUGAGCCUUAAACGAGAUAUGACUUUCUCAUGUUACAUUUGUUAAGCAUAGUUUGUAUUAGUGUUCUUGUGUGCCUGAUUGUGCAUCUCUCUGUUUCUCUUUCUGUGUGUGUGUGUGUGUGUGUGUGUGUGUGUGUACGCGCGCUUGCACGUGUCUGUCUGUCUUUGGUCUCUCUCGCUUUGACCCUCGGUGAGUUAGCUGGGGUCUAAGUGAAAUGGAGGGGAAAUCCCUCUCAUAUUGCCUAUUGAGUAGCACAGACUGGUUCUGAGGCUACAGUCUCGCUGAUGACCAUGCCUAAUGAUUAUUACUAUGCCUUUCGAUGUGUUGGGGAGAAUUUUUAAGUACAUUACAAUGCACAGAGCUAUGCUCACAUGCGGUAUGGACUAGGGGGGACAAAAUCACACCCCCUCUUAAUUAAUUGGUUAACAAUGUCCCAAAGUAUAUACAAACUUAAGUCUGUAACUCAUUAGACGGUUGUAUUUUAUUGGUUUUGAAUAGUCUGUUUCUGUAUGCGUAUCAAGGGAGUAAAGGCUUUAAGUGCAGAUAUGUAUAUGUAUGCCAUGCUUGUAAAAACAAGGGUAAUUGAACAGUUUAAGUACUGGAAUGAUGUAGUUUCUGUAUGUUGACCUUCCUGCAGCUCAGUCCCUAUCUUAUUUAAUUAGAGUCCCUACUGAAAAUGGGGGGGGGGGGGUCUGGGAAGAUAACUUAAGGUCAUAUAUGUUAUAGAAAAAGGAAAUAGCAGCCAUGUUAUUGGUCAGUUAGUACACCCAUAUGUCUCCAUUUGUCUCUAUACCCUGCUCAAAGCACUCUGGUGAGUAGGCAACCUUCUAUGUUAAUUUGGAAAGCUGCAUUAGCUGUUUGUUUAGUGCUUGGUUAAAUUACCUGUAGGAGUUUAAGCUGUUAUAAAUCUUUUGUAUCACAAGUUCGGGUUUUAAAGUCUAAAAUGUUGCAGUAUGUCAGGGAAACUGUUCUUUCGUACAUGGUUUCUGUGCUCUUUUAUGGUUUUGAAUUGAAGAAGAUGCUGUGAUGAGGAAUGAGGGGGAAAUACAGUUGAUACAGUGUUGCUGCUAGAAAACUCUGAAAUUAUAUGCCAUGGCCUUUAUUCAUCCUAAAUGUGUCAUGAUGUUUAUAAAACAGGUAGAGUCUAGUCUGUUCAGUGAAGACAUGUAAAUUAAAACUUAGACGUCCAUUUCUCAGUACUGGACAGUAAAUAAAUAAAGCAUAUUUGUCA